UCCCCUCUAAUGGAUCGCCGUAGGAUUUAUACCCAAAGGAUCCUGACGCUUAUAGCACACCCCCAAACAAUCUUUUAAUAAUAAUAAUAAUACACGAAAUAAAUUGUGUCUUCCGAACCCCGUUCAACGAUAAUCAAAAGGCGGCAAAUCAAAGAUUUGAAAACGAUGAACUGGGUUCAACGCAAGAUCUAUCUUUACAACGUCACCUUUGGACUCUACAUGUUAGACUGGUGGGAGCGUUUUCUCUUCAACACUCUGGUGGUUGUGUUGAUGUGGUUCGUUUGCUACAAUGGGUUUCGAAAUGCCUCUGAGUUCUGCAAAAGAGUCUCUUUACAAGUCCUUAGUGGAGAACUAUGUAAUAAUGAUAAGAGAUAUGGUCACAAAGAGCCUGAAUUUAUGGCGACUUCAGGACUCGUAGGAACUCCAAAUCCUUAUUAUGGCUAGGUACUACUUUGUGGGCUUGAUAAUCCUUAUGAAUGAGGAAUCGCAAAAUAGGAUUUUCUGUAAUCAAGGAGGAUUCUGCUUCUCGCCAAAAUACCGCAAGUGGGUCAUCUUUUAUUGUUUAACUAUGAUGGGUUAGUAUUGUCUCACCAAUAGAUUUUUUAGGAAUAUCACAUAAAUUAUGUAUGGUAAUAUAUUUUAUUUUGACCAGGCAUUUGGUCCAGUGGUUAUGUUACAUCAUUUGUGGUGUUAGGUCUCA